AUGAAUUCACUUAUCCGUAUCUUUGCGUCAAAGUCACCUGACGAAUUUUCCGAUUAUACAGAUAUCAUUGCGUCAGAGGAUGAUCCGGUUGUCUUGAAAGAAUACAUCGGAAAACUGUAUAAAUGUGUCAAAGACAAGACAAGGAGUUUACGAAGCGCCUACGCGAAACUUGAUAAUUUGAAUACUGAACUUGCGCAAGAACGAACACGAGUUAGUGAUAUUGAAGAUGAAAAUGAAAGCCUUCGAGAGCAAAUGCGUGAAUUGCAGAUUCAGAUGGCUACUCGAGAGGAUGAAUUCAGAGAAUGGCAAGAAAGACUUGUUCAAGAUGCAAACGAAGAACGAGAGCUUCUAGAAGAAGAACACGACGUAGAGUUCGCAGAACUCGACAACCGCAUUGUCGAACUCGAAGAAGCACUCGAAACAGCCAACGAAGAAAUCGGUUCACUAACUCUACGAAUUCGUGAACUCUCCGAUAACGGAUCAAAAACCGGAACACGACGCUCUUCAAUGGACUCGCGUUUCAGCGAAGCGAGUACUGUGUUGAACGCCGUACGCCAAUAUGAAGAUGAUCGACAACAAUUGGCGGACCAGGUUACUGAAUUGACACAGAAAAAGAGCGUCUUGGAGACUGAAUUGAAUUUGCUUCGAGAGGAGCAACUGGACUUGAAGACACAGAUCCGUAAAGUAAAAGAAGAUAAUGGUCGCUUGCGAAUGGAAAACAAGGAAUUCAAACAACAAAUUGGGCGUCGAGCAUUUAUUAAAGAACUUGAAGAGAUUAAUUUAGAUUGA